GCUUUGUCCUGCAAUAUUUUCAGUUCUCCAGACGUUGAGAUUAUUUGCAUUCUCGCACAACACGACUCUCUUUCACCCGCGGAGUCUUCCUGACCCGCAUUGGCCGGGUCGAUCUACUAGUAAUUCUAGUUUCCCCGCUUUGCCCGCGGGGCUUGUUUAAACAUAUCACAACUGCAGCAACAUGGUGCUUUCUACGCCAGUACCAAGCAGUGGCUUUCAAGCCUUGAUCCUCUGCGGCCCGGGUGAAAGCCUGAAUACCAUUUCAUCUAAUCCAGAUGAGAAUCCAAAAUGCUUGAUUCCCAUAGCACUGAGGCCGAUGGUCUACUACCCCCUCGACUGGUGCAAGCGCGCCGGAAUAACCGAUAUCGUUUUGAUCACACCUCCCUCCGCCCUCCCGUCUCUCAAGGCGGCCCUCCAACAAAAUCCUUACCUAACAUCGCUCUCCUCGCCAUCUCCCACAGUCGUAGCCCCGAGGCAUCUCAAGAUGACCACAGGAACGGCCGAGCUGCUCCGCCUCCCGGAAGUCCAGGCUUGCAUUCGGUCGAAUUUCCUGCUCCUGAGUUGCGACUUGCUGUGCGAUAUUCCCGGGGAACACUUGCUGGAGGCAUGGCUGGUCUCGCAGAGUGAUUUGGGUCCACUGUCCCAGGGAGGCUUAUCGGUGUUCUAUCCGGCAAAAGGCGUCGAGGACGAGAUCAAGAAAGAGCCGACGGACUUUGUCGCCAUCAAUCUACUUAAGAGAGACGAGGGGCCCGGGUUCUCGCGAUACGAGAUCUCAAAAUUGGUUACGUCGACGCCCAUGGAUACCUUGAAGGAUCGAAUGCAGAAGGAUAAAGGCCUUUUGCUGCGUCAUACCUUGGUUGAGAAACACGCCUCGGUCAAGAUGCUGACCGGCUACAGGGAUGCGCAUUUAUACAUCUUGCCAAAGUGGGUUCAGUCCCUGGCGCGGCACCAGGAGCGGUUCGAGUCAGUUAGUGAGGAUCUGAUUGGAUACUGGGCCAAAGCAGGAUGGCAGCGUGGGCUGGGUGAAAAAUUGGGGAUCAAUGAGAUACUAGGCGGACAGGAUGCGAAUCCCGAGGACCAUGCAAGCCUCGAUGGCGAUUCACUGGAGGAUGAUAUCGAUCUUCGAGGCAUGACCACUACGCAUGCACAGGGUUCUGACACCGGGAAUACGAAGUCUUCGUCGAAUACCGAAUCCUCGGUAGAGGUGCCGCCAAUUCUAGCAUACAUGACCAAACCCUCCGAACAACUCGUCCGGCGGGUUGACAGUUCCGCUCUGGUAUUGGCAAUGUCUCUCCGACUCGCCAAGCUGGAGUCUAUUGAAGAGAUCGGUCGUGCCGCUGCCUCGCCGUUCAGCCAUGCGUCGAAGAUCGCUAGUCCCGAGGGGGUCGCUCCGAAGUCUGUCGUCACCAAAGGUGAUUGCUUACUGGGGCCUCAUGCGACGGUGGAGGAAAAAUGCGUCAUCAAGGAGUCGUGCAUCUCUUCGAAGGCGAAGGUUUGCAGUGGCUCUCGCUUGACGAGAUGUGUCAUCAUGGACAACGCGGUCAUCGGACCAAAAUGUGUACUCACCGGUUGUAUUGUCGGUAGAUAUAGUCACGUUGGACGAGAGUCUAUUCUCAAGGACUGUGAGGUCCAAGAUGGCGUUGUGGUGGGGGAAGAGACCGACGCCAAGAACGAGCAGUUUAUGAAUUUUGAAGGUCUUGAAGACGGGAUGGGUGGGAUGAGUGGUGAGGAUGAAGAGAAUUAG